GCCCUUAACUCGACCAAUGAACGCGCCGAGCAAACUCGGUGAUUCACCCGUCUGUCGGCUGACCGCACUUGAACGGCGUGCGGAGUGGUUUGACGCAAGGUGAAGCGAAUCUGGUCAGUGGCUGGAAAAAUAUAAUCACUUGAUGAACAGGGGAGUCAUGCCAUCAGAGACCAUCAACCAGGCCCUGGCCUGCCCCCAUGCUGCCCAGGUCCGGCCUGGCCAGACCUUCCCAAGCGAGGAGGAUGGGUCAAUCCAAAUGAAUGGAGCGGAGGGUGGUAUGGAUAGGAACUGGAUUCGCCCGGAUCUGCCCAGUCGGUGCACCUGGAGGCUGGGUGCACCACCCUCUCAGUCCCCACACAGCCACCCUGAAAGGGAAAAAUCCACAAAGAUUUUGCCAGACAUCCUGAGGAGGAUCGGGGACACGCCCAUGGUCCGCAUGAACAAGAUAUCCAAGGCUUACGGACUCAAGUGCGAGCUUUUGGGGAAGUGCGAGUUCUUUAAUGCAGGGGGCAGUGUGAAGGACAGGAUCAGUCUGCGCAUGGUGGAAGAUGCUGAGAGAGCUGGGAUCCUCAAACUCGGGGACACUAUCAUUGAGCCCACAUCUGGGAACACUGGCAUCGGUCUGGCCCUGGCGGCUGCUGUGAAGGGCUAUCGCUGCAUCAUUGUCAUGCCAGAGAAGAUGAGCUUGGAGAAGGUGGACGUCCUGCGUGCUCUGGGUGCGGAGAUCGUCCGCACGCCCACCAGCGCCCGCUUCGACUCCCCCGAGUCCCACGUGGGCGUGGCCUGGAGGCUGAAGAACGAGAUCCCCAACUCUCACAUUCUGGACCAAUACCGCAAUCCCAGCAACCCCCUGGCCCACUACGACACCACGGCCGAGGAGAUCCUGGAACAGUGUGAUGGUCAAGUGGACAUGCUUGUGGCUGGUGCUGGCACAGGUGGCACCAUUAGUGGCAUCGCCCGCAAGCUCAAGGAGAGGUGCCCAAAUGUCAAGAUUGUGGGGGUGGACCCUGAAGGCUCGAUUCUGGCAGAACCAGAGGAACUGAACAAGACUGACAAGACCCAGUAUGAAGUUGAAGGCAUUGGUUACGACUUCAUCCCAACUGUGCUGGACAGAUCUGUGGUGGACCACUGGUACAAAUCCAGCGACGAGGAGACCUUCGCCAUGGCGCGCAUGCUAAUCAGGGAGGAGGGGCUUCUGUGUGGUGGCAGCUCGGGCACUGCCAUGGCCGCAGCUGUGAAGGCCGCGAAGGAGUUGAAGGAGGGGCAGUGCUGUGUGGUCAUCCUGCCUGACUCCAUCCGCAACUACAUGUCCAAGUUCCUCAGUGACAACUGGAUGUUCCAGAAAGGUUUCCUGAGGGAGGAGGACAUCAUGGUUUCCAAACCCUGGUGGUGGAACCAGAAGGUGCAGGGCCUGAAUCUGUCGGCGCCUCUUACCGUGCUGCCCACAGUCACCUGCCAGAAAACCAUCCGGAUCCUGAAGGAGAACGCCUUCGACCAGGCGCCCGUUGUCGAUGAGUCGGGGCUGAUCUUGGGCAUGGUGACUCUGGGUAAUAUGCUGUCCACCGUGCUGGCUGGGAAGGUGAAGCCGUCUGACCCCGUCAGCAAGGUCCUGUACAAGCAGUUCAAACAGGUCCGUCUUACUGACAAUCUGGGCAAGCUGUCUCGCAUCUUGGAGACCGACCACUUCGCCCUGGUGGUGCAUGAGCAGAUUCAGUACCUGACGGAUGGCGCACCCUGCCUACGGCAGAUGGUUUUCGGGGUGGUGACCGCUAUGGACCUGCUAAACUUUGUCACUGGAAGGCAGAAGAGAACUCUGUCAGAGCACACAGAUGAGAUGUAAUCAAGCUUACAGUUAUGAAUUGUUCCAUAGCUCAGAUGCACCCAGAUGAGCUGCUCUGAUGUCACGAAGCAACUGUGGUGAUCUGACUGGAUUACUGAUUUCCAGGUUGAUCUGGGAUUGGUGGAGACAAAUAUUGAUUUUUCUUUCUUUUGUUUGCCUUUGCUUCAUGAUUUCCUAGAACCUACUGAGAAACUUAUUGUAAAAGAUCCUCUAUGGCGACAAGAUUGAAAACUUGGUGAACUAUGCAGGAUUUCUUUUGCCUUGCUAUGGUCCUCUGUUUCCAAAAAAAAGUCAUCUCAGUCUUCAACCCCGCUCAUUCACCCUGCGUAGGCUACCCUGAAAUGUGAAUUCAUUAGAAACUACCAGUAAAUUUCUCCCAUCAAUUACCUGGGACCACGAGCCAGACAUGUACAAAUAAUUUGAACAAAAUCUGCAGAAAAAUAAUGAUUUUAAUAACGAGUAUUUACAUUUAAAUAAUUAUUGAUCAGUGUAACAAAUUAUAAAAAUAUUAUUUUAAAAAGUACAAUACAUGCUUGUUCAGUGCACACAAGACAGUGGUUAAGGCCUUUGCAUAACAGCACAAGUAGCAAUGGCACAUGUUAAAACAUUUAACAUGAUUGUUGUGGUGUUAAAGCUGGAGAUGGGUUAUAAUAAUAUGUAAAGUAAUUAUAAAUAAGUAUAAAUAAAUUAAGAGCAUUUCUUCCAAGUCCAACAAUUAGUCUUGCAAAAUGUCUGUGUCGGUGAAGGUGCUUUCACUCACAGCUGUAUAAGAGAACAAAACAAUGGGACGUUAGGAAUUUUAAAAUGCACCAAUAUUUCAGUAACACUCAAAUAUUAAAAAAAAAAAAAUUUAUAAGAAGAUCUACAUGAAGGUACGGAAAUGUGAUGCGUGAGCAUGAGGCAAGUUUCACUCACCAAUAAUAAUAAAAUUAACAGUAAAGACCAACUACACAACAUUGCCAACAAUUGGAAUUACUUUUUAUGGCACCAUAUAACACUCGUUUACCAUUUAGAAUUUUGUGCUCGAUUUGGAAUAGAAAGAAAAGACAUGAAUAAAAGUAACCCCCAGGCCUCAACAGCUGCAAGAAGCACUUUGAUUUCAGGAAGGUAUUGCAUGAGGAAUUCUACCUGCAGGAGGCUUGGUCGACACGUUUGCCGUCCGUGGCACAGAUGCUGGAGUUUAAGUGACACCGAAAGAGGGGUCUGGUGAAGCAGGACACACAUCAACAUCAAUCCCCCCAAAAAAAGAAAGAAUGGAAGUGAAAAAACAAUCAGUGUUGCAAUGGGCUAAUUUGUGACAAAUGAAACAAAAUUUUUUAAAUUUAUGUAAUCAUCAGUGUUACCCCUUGAAUGUAAAAAUACCCAGCAGUUAAUUUUGCUCUCUCAGCUUUAAGGUUCAAAUGCUACUUUUUGUUUUUUUAUUAACUUUCCAAAUGAAUGUACCAAGAGUAAUACAAAUACAAAAUGCAUGUUAUAUAAACAUA